AAUACAACUAAGGGAUCCUCUCUUAUAAAAUCAAUCAAAUAUAUGCUCUCAAAAAUGGAGGUUUUCUUGGCAACCAUUCUUUGCCUAUUUGUCUCCAUCAUCCUCUUAUCUCUCCAUUUCCUCUUCUCCAAGUCAAAGCCACGCGCCGCCGCCGCCGCCGCCGCCCAUCCUCCCGGAAAGACGGGAUGGCCGGUUAUCGGGGAGACCCUCGAGUUUCUCUCGACGGGAUGGAAAGGCCAUCCGGAGAAGUUCAUCUUCGACCGUAUGACAAAGUACUCGUCGCUCGUAUUCAAGACUCAUCUUUUAGGUGAGAAGACCGCAGUCUUUUGCGGCGCGGCCGGCAACAAAUUUUUGUUCUCGAACGAGAACAAGCUUGUUGAAGUGUGGUGGCUGUCUUCGAUGGACAAGAUCUUCCCGUCGAACGAAACUUCUUCGAAAGAAGGGGCAAUCAAAAUGCGCAAAAUGCUCCCGAAUUUCCUCAAGCCCGAAGCCCUCCAUUCCUACGUCGGGAUUAUGGACCACAUCGCCCGGCGACACUUUGCCGACCGGUGGGACAACAAGGAAGAAGUUGUCGUCUUCCCUCUCGCAAAAAGUUUCACCUUUUGGAUCGCGUGCCGGCUCUUUGUUAGCAUCGAGGAUCCAUGUGAGGUCGAGAGGCUUUCCGCGCCGUUCAACCGUUUGGCCUCGGGGUUGAUAUCGAUCCCCAUCGACCUCCCGGGAACUCAAUUUAAUAAGGCGAUCAAGGCAUCGAAUUUAAUCAGGAAAGAGCUUCUUUCGAUCAUCAAGCAGAGGAAAAUCGACCUCGCUGAUGGAAAGGCGACGCCGAAACAGGACAUUCUGUCGCACAUGCUUCUGACGAGCGACGAGAACGGGAAAUUCAUGAGUGAGUUAACCGUCGCAGACAAGAUUUUGGGGCUGCUCAUUGGUGGCCAUGACACCGCCAGCUCUGCCUGCGCCUUCAUCGUCAAGUAUCUCGCCGAGCUGCCGGAGGUUUACUACGGAGUCUACAAGGAACAAAUGGAAAUUGCGAAUUCGAAAGCUCGAGACGAGGCAUUGAGCUGGGAAGACUUACAAAAGAUGAAGUAUUCGUGGAACGUGGCCUGUGAAGUGAUGAGACUCACCCCACCUUUCCAGGGUGCUUUUAGAGAAGCCAUAUCCGAUUUUUCCUACAAUGGAUUCUUCAUUCCAAAGGGAUGGAAGUUAUAUUGGAGCGCAAACUCGACACACAAAAACCCAGAAUUUUUUCCAGAGCCACAAAAGUUUGAUCCGUCGAGGUUUGAAGGAUCGGGGCCUGCCCCGUACACAUUUGUGCCCUUCGGAGGGGGCCCAAGAAUGUGUCCGGGGAAGGAGUAUGCUCGGCUGGAAAUACUUGUUUUUAUGCACCACCUCGUCAAGAGGUUCAAAUGGGAGAAAAUCAUUGCGGAUGAGAAAAUUGUGGUCAAUCCAAUGACUAUUCCGGCCAAGGGUCUCCCCGUUCGUCUUUUUCCACACAAACCCUAAAAGAUUUAUUUAUUGAUGUACUAGUCGCGUCACCGUGUUAAUUAGACACGGGUAUUAAGUUUUUUAAUUUAUUAUUUUUGUAUUUUAUACUUGCAUAUCGAUAAAUUUAUGUUAAUAACAUAUUGUGUAUUGUUUUAUAUUGAUAAAUAUAUGUUAAAAGUAAUAACAUAUAGUUGUAAACGACCUCAAUAUCGUUUCUCUAUUUGAGUAAG